AUGACGGACAAAUUUAAACAAGCGCGUCCUGUAACCUGCCUAGUUGCCGAGGAAGGUAGUGAGGCAAAUUCCAGCGACCACGCGUUCGUCAUCCCUGAAGCGCUGUUGAAAAAGGCAGAUGCAGCAUUGCUGCAAAAGAAGGAGUUGCUGGAAAGAAAGAGGAAUCCGCGCCGUGGGGACUGCACCUAUUUCCUGAACAGAAUGAAGCAGUUCCACGCACUCAAAGCGAGAGCGAGAAGCUAUAUUGAAGACACCAAGUGGCUGAAGCAGGAGUGGCGCUAUGUUCAAGCCCACCCUGUUGAACCUUUUUCAGAGGAAGCGAAAACAACUGGACUACUGCAUUCUGAAGCUGCUAAGGUGCAUGAAGCGCUAGCGAAUGAUGUACUAACAAAGUAUUAUGGGCUUUCUCUCAUGACGGUGCUGAAGACGAAGUCGGGGUCUUCUUUCGUUAAGUUUAGUGAUAUUGCUGGUGGAAUUCCUCGCGAGAUGAUGGUGAACGAUUCUAUUAUCGACAUGAGCAUAAAGAUGAUUGCAGACAGUGUGAAAGGGUGUGUGGCGUUAUCGUCACUGAUGAUAUGGCCUUCUGCAUUGAAGUAG